AUGUCAUUGCCAAACAGCGCUCCUCACGUGGGUACCGUCAAUUACGAUCAGGCACAGGUGCCUGGGACCGUCUAUCUUAUUGAUCUAGACGGGCAUCUGAACGCUUGUCAUGAGAGCCGACGUAGCGACAUCGUCCUUGUUCCUACCCCAUCAAGUGAUCCCGAUGAUCCAUUGAACUGGAGCCCUGUGCGCAAGCGGGUUGGGCUUCUUUGUUCCAUCACCUACUGUACGACGGUUGGUAUUUGCUCGGCGGCUCUAUACUCCGUUCUGGGCGAUAUUUCGGCGAAUUCAGAUCUUUCCCUGGCCGAUCUCAACGCAGGAACCGGCUACAUGUUCUUGUUCGCAGGCAUAGGCUGCUUAGCAUUCCAGCCACUCGCGCUUCAGUUUGGAAAACGACCAGUCUAUUUGAUGAGCUUACUUGGGAACCUUGGAAUGAUGCUUUGGGCACCGUAUACGACCUCAAAAGGAGAAUGGUUCGCUAGUAAAAUUCUGCAGGGGUUGUUUAGCGCACCGUUGGAGAGUCUCUGUGAAAUAACUAUUGCCGACCUGUAUUUUGUCCACGAGCGUGGCUUCUACAUGUCCUUCUAUGCCCUUGCCCUCUCCGGGAGCAGUAUGUCUGCGCCAAUAUUUGCUGGUCUGAUUGCAGCUGGACAGUCUUGGAAAUGGGUAUUUUUCUGGUGCGCGAUAUUGUGUGCUGUCACAAUCGUCGUGCUUUUCUUUUUCUUGGAGGAGACAAACUACAAGCGGUCAAAUGUACCCGUUGUCCUAGGCGGAGUCAACAACCCGAUCUCGCUGGAGGCAACUUUGUCCGGAGACAGAAAACCAGACACCGGUACCGUCCAAAGUAAUAUGAACCCUGGCAUCGAGUCGAAAGGGACACAGGUCACGUACCUAAAACAACGAUCUUUCUUGGACAAGUUGAAGCUUUUCGACCGGGCACGAAUGGGAUCUAACGGAGCCUUCCUACCUAUGCUUUGGCUCCCAUUCAAAUGCAUGCGGCUUCCUUUGAUCGUUUUCUGUGGCUUCUAUUACGGCUCGAGCUUAGUCUGGUACAGCGUACUCAACGGCACCGCAGCACUAAUACUGGAGGGCCAGUAUGGAUUCUCGACGACUGCCAUCGGUGCCUCCUUUGUGGCUCCCCUCCUUGGUGUGUUUGCUGGCUCCGCGUACACGGCAUAUUUCGGCAAUCCAUGGACACUGCAUCAAGCACGCAAGAACAACGGCAUACUCGAGGCCGAGCAUCGCCUGUGGCUCCUGACGCCACCGAUAAUGCUUCUACCGUUGGGGUUGGUGCUGUGGGGCGUGGGAGCGGCACAGAAAGUCCACUGGUUCGGCGUGCUCUUCGCUAUGUUCAUAGUAUCCGGCACGAGCGCGCUUUCAGUACAAGGCUCGACUACGUACUGCAUCGAAAGCUACCACCUAAUCAGCGGCCAGGCCAUGGUUUCCAUUAUGCUGAUUCGCAACACGAUGAGUUUUGCUGUCAACUACGGGCUAACGACCUGGGUCACAAAUAUGGGGCUCCAGAAUGCUUUCAUCCUUGCCGCGGUCGCAGGUGCAUUUCAGACGGCGUCGGUGCUUCCCGUCAUUAAGUGGGGUAAGGUGUUGAGGAAACGGAGUGUUUCAACUUACUUCAAGUAUGCAAACCUAUGA